CUUACGAAAUACACUACUCAAUAUAAUAUUUUUAGUUCCGAAAGAGAAACAUUAUACAACCAUCCAUCGAUCUACUUAACAGGAUCCUAAUAGAGCAAGAUCAGAUGCCAAUAUCAGCAAUAUCAACUUUUACAUCUAAAUUCGGUCACCGUAUCUUGGCUGACUAUCUUAUACAAAAGGGGGAUGUAUCCAGCGAUAUGUCAAGCAAUCGUUUUAUAUUAGAUAAGUACUACAACCUAAGCUGAGCGUCUGGAGGAUUUAUGUUGCGAGUAUAUAUAAGCGACUUUAACGCCCGUUAGAAGAUUCUAAACAACUGGUAAUAAUCCUACGUCUUGAUUAUUUCGGGAACGCCCUUUAAGACUCUAUACGGAAAUUAUGACUAUAAUAGAAGAAUCGACAUGACGUGAGCGACGAGGACAUCCUCGAAGCCAGCUGAGGCUUAGGUCUCGAGAACUGAAAGGCAAGUUGUCAUCAGGCCUAAUAUUCUAAUGCUCAAUCAUAUAUAACAAUUCAUCUUCUCUUGUCCGAAUCCAAACACUUCACUCUUCCUAGGCAGCUUCUACAAUUAGGUGUUAGGGAAUUGCCUCUGAAGGACUUGAAGUUACCACCCUUAUCACCCCUUUUGAUUGAAGUAUACGAUCUUAUAGUCCCAUAUCCCAUCCCCGACUUCCACAAUGCGAGGGCCUUUUGGUACCUACGCCCUUGGCGCGUUCUUUGGAGGACUGCUUUUUGUGGGAGCCAAGGCACAAAUGAAAGUCAGCAGCUUUGAUGGCCCAGUCACCAAGGAAGAGCUGAAGUCAUUCAACGACUAUAUCGCUACUCUGAAGCCUGCUACCGACAACAAGGGGAAUCAGUGGGUGCAGGGCCAUAGCGGAGAGCAGACAAAGGCAAUGGGCCUUGUCUAUCAGAUGGCCGGACAACAAGAAACGCUCGACCAGAUGCUUCGCUUCUGCGAUGCUGUUUUGUCGGAGAGGAAUGACCUAGCAAAGGCCCCUGUUGGCCAGCACAAGAUUUGGACGGGCGGAAUUGAUCCUGUCUGGCCGAACGACGUUACCAAGAAUCCAAUCCAAACCGGCGGAGAAGAGGGUGACCCGGUUGGACACCUGGCCAACUGUGCUUACCUCAUAUUAAAGACUAACAAGCUUCAUAAUCAGAAGGUGGCCAUCGGCGAUCCUCAUAAGUAUGGCGCUACCUAUAUGGAUCGAGCCAAGACCUAUCUCAAGCAGGCCGAUUUCUCGAUGAGUAACCAUAUCUUGAAACGUUUACUAGAUCUUUCAAACGGAAACAAGAUGUACUUUGCCAAGGACUCGCCUUAUAUGGGCGGGAAACCAGUCCCGUGGAACCAGCAGAUGAUGUUCAACUAUGCGUUCAUGAAUCUCUGCAGCGCACAUAGGAUUCUCAACGACAACCCUGAAUUGCUCGGGAAGUACAAGUCGAUCCUUACUGCUAGCAUAGACUGGUUCUUCCACGGAGGUGGUGUGCAGGCCAAGAAGAGCAAGAAAGGCAGCACCGUCUAUGACUGGGGCUAUACCGUACCGAAAACGACCGGUGAGGACUCGAAUCAUGGCGCGCUCGACGUGGCCGGAUUUUAUCGUACUUACAUAGACGGAAACUAUGGCAUCACGGCGGACCAGAUGAAGCCGCUUGCCAACAUGUUUGUUGAUGUCAUGACUCUAGGAAAGGAGAAAUACGCCGGGACCGUAGACGGCAAAACCGACGGUGACGGCCAUGCCAAACCCACUAAAAAUAUUCGCAGUGGUUAUCUCUUCCUGGCCGAAUUCCGGCCUGAUGCUUAUAUGAGCAUGAUGUCGGCCGAUUUAUCGGUCGGUGGUAAAGGAACUGGAAGCGCGGAUGGAUUUUCCCGUUUCCUGUGGGUGAAGGAUCGGCGUGCCAAAGCCAAGUAAACCAACGAUGGAAAGAUCGGUUAGUUAUAGCUACUACUUAUAUGUUCUACAUAUUAGUGAGUGGCGUUCAGUUGGAAGAAAGUUGGGUAUUACGGUCCUAUUUAUACUUCUAAAUAAGGAAGAAAUAUUUAUUUCGAUCAACCCGGUCGACAAUAUAGGCUGGGUUGGUACUGUGCUUAUAUAUAUAGGUUAUAUCUAACGAGAUCAAGAUGUCU